UUUUGGAUGUUUCAUUUCUGAUUAGCUGUCAGUUUGGAAGAGAAAAAUACUUUCGGAAAAUCGGUAAUAGUUUAUUCAUUAAAAACUGGGUAGUGUUUGAGUUUCGGCAAGUGUUUUGUUGCAAAUAAUAUAGCAACAUGACGCAGCAACUUUUACCAAUAAAGUUCCAGGAGCAAUUACAGCUCACCAAUGUUGGAAUCAAUGCUGCGAACAUCACAUUUGCGACGCUCACUAUGGAGAGUGAUAAAUUCAUUUGUGUCAGAGAAAAAGUUGGAGAAACUUCUCAAGUGGUCAUCAUUGACAUGGCAGAUUCAAGCAAUCCCAUUCGAAGGCCCAUCACAGCUGAGAGUGCUAUUAUGAAUCCUGCAUCUAAAGUUAUUGCUCUGAAAGGUAAAGCUGGGGUAGAAACUCACAAAACUCUUCAAAUCUUCAACAUAGAAAUGAAAUCCAAAAUGAAGGCACAUACUAUGACAGAGGAUGUCAUUUUCUGGAAAUGGAUUAGUCCAAAUACACUAGCUUUAGUCACAGAAUCAACAGUUUAUCAUUGGUCUAUGGAGGGAGACUCGAUACCACAAAAAAUGUUCGACAGACAUUCCUCAUUGAAUGGCUGUCAAAUUAUCAACUAUAGAACGGAUCCAAAACAGAACUGGCUGCUUCUGGUUGGUAUCAGUGCACAGCAAUCUCGGGUUGUUGGUGCUAUGCAGCUAUAUUCCGUUGAGAGGAAAUGUUCUCAACCGAUUGAAGGUCAUGCUGCAUCAUUCGCCACAUUCAAAAUGGAAGGAAACUCUGAACCUUCCACAUUAUUUUGUUUCGCCGUCAGAACACUCCAAGGUGGAAAGUUGCAUAUUAUUGAGGUUGGCCAGAGUCCUGCAGGUAAUCAGCCAUUUCCGAAAAAGACAGUUGACGUUUUCUUUCCUCCAGAGGCACAAAAUGAUUUUCCCGUUGCUAUGCAAGUAUCAGCAAAAUAUGAUGUCAUCUACCUGAUAACCAAAUAUGGCUAUAUCCACAUGUACGACAUUGAAAGUGCUACUUGCAUUUACAUGAAUCGUAUAUCUAGUGAAACUAUCUUUGUCACUGCACCUCAUGAGGCGACUGGAGGAAUUAUUGGUGUCAACAGAAGAGGUCAGGUUCUAUCUGUAUCGGUCGAUGAAGAAUGCAUCAUUCGGUACAUAAAUACAGUUCUUCAUAAUCCCGAUUUGGCCUUGCGACUUGCCACAAGAAACAAUUUGGCAGGAGCAGAAGAAUUAUUCGUCAGUAAAUUCCAGAUGCUAUUCCAGAACAGUCAGUAUGCCGAGGCAGCAAAGGUAGCUGCAAAUGCUCCUAAAGGAAUUCUGCGAACCCCAGCUACAAUUCAAAUGUUUCAACAAGUACCAACUCAAGCAGGACAGAACAGUCCAUUACUUCAGUAUUUUGGAAUCCUUCUAGAUCAGGGACAAUUGAAUAGAUAUGAAUCGCUGGAGUUGUGUAAGCCUGUGUUGUUGCAAGGCCGUAAGCAGCUUCUAGAGAAAUGGCUGAAAGAAGAAAAACUUGAGUGCUCUGAAGAACUUGGUGAUCUUGUGAAGCCAGCAGAUCCAACCUUGGCUUUGUCGGUUAUCCAAAGCUUUGCCGAAACUGGGCAGUUCCAGAAGAUCGUGUUUUAUGCCAAGAAAGUGUCCUACACUCCCGAUUAUAUUUUCCUUCUCCGUCAAGUCAUGCGCACUAAUCCCGAUCAAGGUGCUGCGUUCGCUAGCAUGCUCGUUGCCGACGAAGAACCUUUAGCAGAUAUCAAUCAAAUUGUAGACAUAUUUAUGGAACAGAACAUGGUUCAACAGUGUACUGCCUUUUUGUUGGAUGCUUUGAAAAAUAAUAGACCCACAGAAGGAAAUCUCCAAACAAGAUUGCUAGAAAUGAAUCUAAUGUCAGCUCCUCAAGUCGCUGACGCUAUACUUGGUAACAAUAUGUUUACACAUUAUGACAGAGCACACAUUGCCCAGUUGUGUGAAAAAUCCGGUCUUUUGCAACGAGCUUUAGAACAUUACACCGAUUUGUAUGACAUUAAACGAGCUGUUGUACACACUCACCUCUUACCAGCAGAUUGGCUAGUAAACUUUUUUGGAACAUUGAGCGUGGAGGACAGUUUGGAGUGUUUGAAAGCUAUGUUGACUGCAAACAUCAGACAGAACUUGCAAAUUUGUGUACAGAUUGCCACAAAGUAUCAUGAGCAGUUGACUACCAAAGCAUUAAUUGAUUUAUUCGAGAGCUUCAAAAGCUACGAAGGUCUAUUUUAUUUCCUGGGAUCCAUUGUCAACUUCUCCCAAGAUGAGGAGGUACAUUUUAAGUACAUUCAAGCCGCUUGCAAAACGGGACAGAUAAAGGAAGUUGAACGUAUUUGCCGAGAAUCAAACUGUUACAAUCCCGAACGUGUGAAGAAUUUCUUGAAAGAAGCCAAACUAACUGAUCAGUUGCCUCUGAUUAUUGUUUGUGAUCGUUUCGAUUUCGUCCAUGACCUAGUCCUGUAUUUGUACCGCAAUUCCCUGCAGAAGUACAUUGAAAUUUAUGUUCAGAAAGUCAAUCCUAGCCGACUUCCAGUGGUUGUUGGAGGCCUUCUCGAUGUCGAUUGCUCCGAAGACAUCAUUAAAAAUUUGAUUCUGGUCGUUAGAGGUCAAUUUUCUACUGACGAACUCGUUGAGGAGGUCGAGAAGAGGAAUAGAUUGAAAUUGCUCUUGCCCUGGUUGGAAAGCAGGGUGCAUGAGGGUUGUGUGGAGCCAGCUACUCACAAUGCUCUAGCAAAAAUCUACAUUGACUCGAACAAUAAUGCAGAGAGGUUCCUGAAAGAGAAUCAAUGGUAUGAUUCUCGCGUUGUAGGACGUUAUUGUGAAAAACGCGAUCCUCACUUGGCUUGUGUAGCCUACGAACGUGGUCAAUGCGAUAGAGAACUAAUUGCUGUAUGUAAUGAGAACUCUUUGUUCAAGUCGGAAGCUCGCUAUCUAGUACGCAGGCGUGAUGGGGAGCUGUGGGCCGAAGUUCUGCAAGAAUCCAACCCCUACAGACGCCAAUUGAUUGACCAAGUGGUUCAGACUGCAUUGAAUGAAACACAAGAUCCUGAAGAUAUAUCUGUAACCGUGAAGGCUUUCAUGACUGCUGAUUUGCCCAAUGAGUUGAUUGAGCUAUUAGAAAAAAUUGUUCUUGAUAGCUCUGUAUUUUCGGAACAUAGAAAUCUUCAAAAUCUCCUUAUUUUGACAGCUAUAAAGGCGGAUGCAACUAGAGUAAUGGAUUACAUCAAUCGUUUAGAUAACUAUGAUGCUCCUGAUAUUGCCAACAUUGCUAUCAAUAACCAUCUUUAUGAAGAAGCUUUCGCAAUCUACAGAAAAUUCGACGUUAAUACUUCAGCUAUUCAAGUACUUAUUGAACAGGUCAAUAAUUUGGAUCGUGCUUACGAAUUCGCUGAAAGGUGCAAUGAGCCAGCGGUAUGGAGUCAGCUUGCCAAGGCACAGCUUAAUCAGGGUAUGGUCAAGGAAGCCAUUGACUCUUACAUCAAAGCAGAUGAUCCCUCUGCGUACAUGGAUGUUGUUGAAACUGCCUCAAGAAAUAAUAGUUGGGAAGAUUUGGUCCGUUAUCUUCAAAUGGCAAGGAAGAAGGCCAGAGAAAGUUACAUAGAAUCCGAAUUGAUUUAUUCGUAUGCCAAAACCGGUCGACUUGCUGAUUUAGAAGAGUUUAUCAGUGGACCUAAUCAUGCAGAUAUACAAAAAAUUGGUGACAGGUGCUUUGAAGACAAAAUGUAUGACGCUGCCAAAUUAUUGUACAACAAUGUAUCGAACUUUGCCCGUUUGGCCAUCACUUUGGUGCAUCUGAAAGAGUUCCAAGGAGCUGUAGAUAGUGCGCGUAAAGCUAACAGCACCAGAACUUGGAAAGAAGUUUGCUUCGCUUGCGUCGAUGCUGAAGAAUUCAGAUUGGCUCAGAUGUGCGGGAUGCACAUUGUGGUCCAUGCCGAUGAGUUGCAGGAUUUGAUCAACUAUUAUCAGGACAGAGGAUACUUUGAAGAACUAAUUGGACUUCUAGAAGCUGCCUUAGGCUUAGAGAGAGCCCAUAUGGGAAUGUUCACUGAAUUGGCUAUACUAUAUUCUAAAUACAAGCCUGCAAAAAUGAGGGAACACUUAGAACUAUUUUGGUCGAGAGUAAACAUUCCGAAAGUGCUAAGAGCUGCAGAACAAGCACACUUGUGGGCAGAACUGGUAUUCUUAUUUGAUAAAUAUGAAGAAUACGACAAUGCAGUAUUGGCGAUGAUGACACAUCCAACUGAAGCGUGGCGUGAAGGACACUUCAAAGACAUCAUAACGAAAGUAGCAAACAUCGAAUUAUAUUAUAGGGCAAUUCAGUUCUAUCUGGACUACAAACCUUUGUUAUUGAACGAUUUGUUGGCUGUUUCCUUCUUCACCAAAACUGGACAUCUGCAACUUGUCAAGUCGUACCUUCGCUCUGUUCAGAACUUGAAUAACAAAGCAAUCAAUGAGGCUCUCAAUUCUCUAUUGAUAGAGGAAGAAGAUUUCCAGGGUUUGAGAACGUCGAUCGAUGCCUUUGAUAACUUCGACAAUAUCGGAUUGGCGCAAAAAUUGGAGAAGCACGAGUUGACCGAAUUCAGACGAAUUGCAGCAUAUUUAUACAAAGGAAAUAACAGAUGGAAACAAAGUGUGGAAUUGUGCAAAAAAGACAGACUAUUCAAAGAUGCAAUGGAAUACACUGCUGAAUCUAGGAAUCAAGAACUGGCUGAAGAACUUUUAGCGUGGUUCCUUGAGAGGAAAGCAUAUGAUUGUUUCUCGGCUUGUCUAUAUCAGUGCUACGACCUACUCAGACCUGAUGUAAUCCUAGAGUUGUCAUGGAAACACAACAUCAUGGAUUUCGCAAUGCCCUACCUCAUUCAAGUAACGAGAGAGUUGACUACUAAAGUUGAUAAAUUAGAACAAUCUGAUGCAGAAAGACAGAAUGAAGCAGCCGAAGAAACGAACAAACCUAUGAUGAUCCCAGAACCUCAGCUCAUGUUAACUGCUGGUCCAGGAAUGGGAAUUCCACCUCAACAAUAUGCUCCACCUCAAGCUUAUGCACAGCCUAGUUAUGCACCCCAAAUGCCCUACCAGGGAUAUCCAGGGAUGUAAUAUAAGGCCCCUAUUUUCAACCAACUGUAUAGAAAGUUAUAAAAUUUUAUGAGAUUUUCGUUUGGGUCGAGAAGUUAGACCAGAACAUCAGCAAAUAUGUUACUUAAGAUUUAAAAAAUUUCGUAACGCGGUUUAUUUUUGCUGAAAUUAGAACCAUAAAAACAUACUUUAUUUAACCUUAAAUAUUGAUUGGUCUCGUAUUAUAUUCCAGUUUCGUCCAUAUGCAAUUGAUGAAUUAUAAGUAAGGUGUUAUUAUUUCAUUAGGAGUACUCUGGCAUCUCCAUCAUUUCUUGAAGGAUUAGAUAUCAUAGUUGAAAGUGAAAGUAAAGAUAGGACUAAAAGCAGUUGUAAAUAAAAAACUGAUCAUAGAGCAACUUGUUGAAUUCUGGUGUUGACGAUUUCUCAAAAAUUUAAUCAGAUCAUUCUAGCUUCUGAUCCAAAGAACUCUUUAAUUGAUAUGUGUGGAGACAAUAUCGAGAAAAAUCAUAGACACUACAUUUAUGUGAGAUUGGCUUCAACGAGAUUAUUCAUAGCUGAUUUUAUUUGUAUUUCAUGGAUUCUUUCAAUUUGUUGCAUAACUUGCAGCAUUCACUGGUCGAUCAUGUCUGACAAUGCUAUUUAUUAUUGGUUUGAUACCAAAACGAAGAUUCUUAGUUUGAUUUCUUGAUAUAACCAUUGAGUAAUCAUCAGUUUUAAUAAAUUUCAUGACAGCGUUUUUUGUCGAAAUUAAAUAUUCCAAAUAUGUCAUUUUCAUUUCAUCCAUAUCCAAUAUGAACUAUUCUCUAUUUUUUAUUGUUCAGUUCAUGCUUUGAAUCUAUUCACCAGUGGUUGAAGUCCAUUAUGGUUUAUAAAGAAGACAGAUUGAUUUGAUCAACCUACCCCAUAAAAUGACUAUAAACUUUCACAACCUAUUGUACAAGUCUUGCUGUUUACUAUGAAACAACCUUCGAUUUGCCUCUACUAGCAGAUAGUUCUUAUUUUUAGUUGAAUAGGAGAUAAGAGAUGCCUGAAAAUUUAGUUUAAAAGUAUGUCAUUGUCUGAAUUAUUAUCAUGUCAUUGAGAUGAGAGUUUCAUUAAAUUUAUCAUCAUUUUUUAUUUAUUGGAUGAAGCUUUAUCAAAUGAUUUUGUUGUUUUUAUAUUUUAAUAUGUAUAUAAAUGUACUAGUGCUUUUACUGGUAUGUAUAUAAUCCCAAAUCGUUAUUUUAAAAUACCUUGCUUUCGUUUUGUAACCGUUUAUCAUUCCUAUAUUUAAAAAUACAUAUAUAUGUUUAUGCGGAAAAAAUAUAAGUUAUUUAAAUAAAUUUAAAAAAUUAGUAAGAAGUUGGCAAUGUUCACUAUUCUGGGAAGUAAAAAUAAAAAUUGAUGUUUGCCGAGAAUUUGGCGAAUGUUGAGGACACAUGAAAUAUGUAAUAUUUUGAUUAGGCAAUUAUUAGUAUUUUUCCCUGUUACAACAUAAAGCUAAAUAAUGAAUGC